ACAAUUUAUUAGAUGGCCCCAGCAACGACUUCUACUCAGUGCUAUCAAUUGAACAUCUUAAAAGAAAGGAGAAUGAAAAAUAAAAAUUAGAAGAGAGAAAAGAUGUGGAAGCUAAGGAUUUCAGAGAGCAAAGAGGAUGAGUUGAUUAGAAGUGUGAAUAACCAUGUUGGAAGACAGUUCUGGGAGUUUGAUCCUGAUCUUGGAACUGAACAAGAACGAGCUCAAGUGGAACAAGCUCGCAAAGAAUUUAACCAAAACCGCUUCAAAACUAAGAAUAGUUCUGAUCUCUUAAUGAGACUCCAGUUUGAGAGGGAAAAUGGAGUAAACAUGAAGGUUAAGAAUGUGAACAUUCAAAAGGAGGAAGAUAUAACUGAGGAAGUUGUGGAAGACACACUGAAAAGAGCCUUGAGAUGUUACUCAACCCUGCAGGCUCAGGAUGGUUUCUGGCCUGGUGACUAUGCUGGCGCUAUGUUUAUGCUCCCCGGAUUGGUGAUUGGAUUAUCGGUGACUGGGGCCCUCAAUGCAGCCUUGUCACCUGAGCAUCAAAGCGAGAUGAAGCGGUAUGUGUUAAACCACCAAAAUGAAGAUGGCGGGUGGGGAUUGCACAUAGAAGGCCCCACCACAAUGUUUGGGACGGUCCUCAACUAUGUUGCCAUGAGAUUACUUGGAGAAGACAUUGACGGUGGAGAUGGCGCCAUGAAGAAAGCAAGGAAGUGGAUUCUUGACCGUGGAGGCGCAACUUCUAUUCCCUCAUGGGGCAAAUUCUGGCUUUCAGUGCUUGGCGUAUAUGAAUGGCGAGGGAUCAACCCAAUGCCUCCAGAGCUUUGGCUGCUCCCAUACUCUCUUCCUUCGCAUCCAGGAAGGAUGUGGUGUCACACACGGCUUGUAUAUCUUUCGAUGUCAUAUUUAUAUGGUAGACGAUUUGUGGGUCCUUUCAAUGCACUUGUGUUAUCCCUAAGAAAGGAGCUCUAUACUCUUCCCUAUCAUCUCCUCGAUUGGAAUGAGGCUAGAAAUCUAUGUGCCAAGGAAGAUUUGAGUCAUCCACGCCCAGGAAUCCAAAACAUUUUAUGGGGUUUGCUUCACCAUGUUGGGGAACCUCUUCUCACACACAAGCUCUUCUCCAGGCUAAGGCAGAAAGCGCUCCAUCAUGUAAUGGAACAUAUACACAACGAGGAUGAAGCAUCAAACUACAUUUGCAUUGGCCCCGUUAAUAAGGUAUUAAACAUGAUAUGUUGCUGGUUGGAGGACCCCAAUUCCCAGGCAUUUAAGUAUCACAUUUCAAGAAUCAAAGACUAUCUCUGGGUGGCUGAGGAUGGAAUGAAAAUGCAGGGAUAUGGCGGUUCUCAACUUUGGGAUGUUGCUUUUUCUGUUCAAGCUAUCUUGGCUACCAACCUUGAUGAUGAGUAUGGUUCAAUGCUUAAAAGAGCAAAUGAGUUCAUUAAAUGCUCACAGAUUACAACAAACAGCUCUAGUAACCCUAGUGCCUGGUAUCGCCACAUUUCGAAAGGUAGUUGGGGUUUCUCAACUCCAGACAAUGGUUGGCCUGUAUCAGAUUGCACUGCAGAAGGCUUGAAGGCAGCCAUUUUGCUAUCAAACUUUCCAUCUGAAACUGUUGGGAAAGCUAUGGAAACAGAAAAAUUAUAUGAUGCUGUUAGUUGGGUUUUAUCUAUGCAGAAUGAAAACGGUGGAUUUGCAUCCUAUGAGCUCACAAGAUCUUAUGCAUGGCUAGAGAAAAUAAACCCAGUUGAAACAUUUAGAGAUAUCAUGAUUGAUUAUCAGUAUGUAGAAUGCACAUCAGCAGCAAUUCAAGGUCUUGCCUUAUUCACACAACGAUAUCCAGAGUACAGGAGAAGGGAAAUAGACUCUUGUAUCGCUAAGGCGGCACGCUAUAUCGAAAGCACACAAUUAGCUGAUGGCUCAUGGUAUGGAUCAUGGGGAAUCUGUUAUACAUAUGCAACAUGGUUUGGAAUAAAGGGGCUCAUAGCUGCAAGUAAGAGCUACCAAGAAAGCAAAAGCAUUAGAAGAGCAUGUGAAUUUUUGCUUUCCAAACAGCUACUUUCAGGUGGCUGGGGAGAGAGUUAUCUUUCAUGCGAGCUCAAGGUAUAUACAAAUCUAGAAGGAAAUAAGUCUCAUCUAGUGAACACAGCUUGGGCUAUGCUAGCGCUUAUUGAAGGAGGCCAGGCAGAAAGAGACCCAACCCCAUUGCAUCGUGCGGCCAAGGUGUUGAUCAAUUCACAAAUGGAAAAUGGGGAGUUUCCCCAACAGGAAAUCAUGGGAGUUUAUAACCAGACUGGUGUUGUCAACUACUCUGCAUACAGAAACAUUUUCCCAAUAUGGGCCCUUGGAGAAUACCGAAAUCGUGUAUUGCUUUGUCCAGGAAAAGUGUCAAAAAAUAAAAGCAACUAGCAUCCUCAUAAAAUAAUUAUUGGAGAGUUUAAUUUUCUGCUUUUUUAUGUCCUUAAUUCAGAGAUUCUUUUUUUUUUUUGAAACGUAAUUCAGAGAUCCUUGAAAUGCAAGGAUAGAUGUACUAAACAAACAAAAUUGAACAAUAUUGAGAUAUGAAAGUUCAUGGAUG